CACCAACUUCAAGUUGUUUACAUCAGCUGUUAGAAAAAACAAACAAUUUUGCAAAAAUGUUUGCAAAUUCUUUAAUUUUUUUUGCGAGAAAUGCUUUAAACUUAAAUAAUGAAAUUAUUAGUAUUCUACCAACAGCACUUCAUGGAUCUGUAUUUUUGGAAUUAUUAUCUAUAAAUUCACUGGAAGAAAGAAAAAACAGAGAACGUAUAAUAUAUACAUAUAUAUAUUUAACGUUCUUUGGAAAAAACAUGCGUGUGCUAUCGCCAAAAGAAAUUCUAAGACCAAAGCCCAAAUGCGCAGCUGCCGCCUACCAUUAUACACAUGUAGAUAUGUAUGUAUAUAGACACAUGUAAACACAGAGGCCACAAGUGUUUAGCUUGUUGACAAAUGGAAGCUGAUACUGCACUUUGAUUUCGAAAUCUCUUCUAUUAGAAGCCAGCCUCUAUAACGUGCGCAAUUAAGUAAUUAGCGUCAAACGUUAGAGAAAUUCAUACGGAAAUGUUGUGCACGGCGAAACGUUUAGCGGUAAUUACAAGUGUAUUAGCUUACUUGUUUGUAACCACAGCCGCCAAUUCGGAAAUUUGGCCAGGAAGUCCUUCCACAACAAUGCCGCUGCAUUUAUCGGAAAUCGUUAAAAAUUUGCUGAAUAAUAUUGAGAAAGAUGGCGAUUGGAAUGAAAACGUCGAUUCGGCUUUGUUGUUCAUUGAGUUUUUAGUAAAACAAAAAGUGCAACAACAAAAAUCUUCCGUGUUAGAUACAGCAAUUGGCAGUUUAUAUUUGGAGAUACUUGAAAGAAUUAGCUCAAUACGUUUAAAAGUUAUUCAAAGCUUUGGCGCACACAAUUUACAGGCUAUAUUUCAAAAUAAUCUUAUGAUAACGGGUUUCACCUUAAGACGGCAUCAAAUUGAUAAAAAUUUGGAAUUUAAAACAUUGGCGCAAAAUUAUUCAACGCAGCUUGGCACGGGGUUUCCGAGUGAUAUAUUUGCAGGUCUGUGUCUGAUGCAUUUAAAAGGAAAUGAACUAUGUGAACGUUUACGACGCACUUGUCUGCCAGAGAUUAAAAUCAGCACACCAACAUAUGGUUUUCGACGUACACAUCAAGCUUUACAGUUAUAUUUUCUUAUGCACCAUAACUGUGCACGCUUCUAUGGCACCCGUUUGUCCUUCGAAAUUCUAGCUACGGAGCAUUGUUCGCAAGUGUAUCGGGAACAUCAGUUAAUCGCUGCGUUUGAAAGCAAGGAAUGGCAGGAAUUGUAUAUAGAACAGAGUGCCAUUUGUGGUCUUUUUGGUUUCGCGGAGUUUCUCAACAUCGAAGAAUUGACAAAAAUUAUAGAAUGGGAAAGUGGUGCCACUUGCAGUUGCAUAAAAUCACAUUUAAUUAGCGAUAUACCGAAACACUGUCGUUGUACGGACCACAAGCACAUCGUUCUGUUGGUGCAGUUCGUCAACGCUAUGCUCUUCUUGAUUUAAGCUUGAUUUGUGACUAUUAAUUUAUUAAUUCUUUUAAUAUAUGUUUUCUUUUUUAAAUACAAAUAAAAAUAAAUAUUUUUUUAUA